AGAAGGAAAAAUUGAUAUGAAAAAAAGUUUAUUAUAAUACAAACUAGUUAUAUAAGAAAUUAAGCAUAAAAGGAAAGUACAAAACUUCCCAUGUACCAUAUCUCAUAAGCCAAAUAACAGUUUUGAGAUAAAGCCUUGGGUUGCCCAGACGGGUAAACAAAUACAAAAGCCAGAACACAAAUACAAAAACCACAACACAAAUACAAAAACCACAACACAAAUACAAAAACCACAACACAAAUACAAAAGCCACAAGAUAAAUACAAAACCCACAACACAAAUACAAAAACCACAAUACAAAUACAAAAACCACAACACAAAUACAAAAGCCACAAGAUAAAUACAAAACCCACAACACAAAUACAAAAACCACAAUACAAAUACAAAAACCACAACACAAAUACAAAAACCACAAAAUAAAUACAAAAACCACAACACAAAUACAAAAACCACAACAUAAAUACAAAAACCAUUUGCCAUUCAUUUGUGUUGUGGCUUUUGUAUUGGACAUACCUUUAUACUAUAUGGACCUUUAAGUUGUUGUGGCUUACAAGGGGCAACAUUAGCACAGAGCUAGCUGUUAGCCUUUAUUGCUACAUGUUUCUGCUGUGGUUUGGAAGGAAAUAUCUGACUCUCUAAAUUUAAAUCCAGUAUGUUCACUAGCUAGUUGCUAACUUUUUCACCAACACACCAGCUGCUGCUGGAAACAGGGAAGCAUUAAACACUAAAGCUAAUUUCACAUUUAUUAUUUAUAUAAAGGGACGUUGUCAGUUGCAGCUUUAAAUGAAGAAAUAUCCCCAAAUAAAAACCAAAGUUCGAGGGUUUUGCUGAUUUAGAUCGAGAGAUAUUUUGUAUAAUAUCAUGUCAGAUGUUCGGUAUUCAUAUUCAUAUUAUUGUUCAUCUGCCUCAACAAGACCAGAAGUGAAACUUGUUGCCAUCCCAGUGUUUCCCUCCUGGCUGCACUGCUGCUCCUCUAUCAGUCUCUGUGUCUCUAUCUUGAUUUUUCUCCCCCCCUAUCUGACUCCCCCUCUCUGCUGUCUAAUGACAGUCAGCAGGGCUGAUAGGCAGAUAUAUUUAUACUGGUGGCAGGGGGGGAGGAAGAAGUCAUCAACCGAGCCCCGUCCAGCCUCCAGGCUCGGGCAGGCGUGGCUUAGAGGAAACCCUGGCCGAUUAGCCCCUCCCCGAUCAGGGCAUAUCCCUGUGUGCUGUCCCUGGCCCUGCUCAGAGCUCUCAGCUAGAUGGGACCAAAGCUUCACCGCCCCGAAGACUCAUACACUCCCACAUCAGCCCCUGGGGGAGAGAGAGCAGAGCCGAGGAGGCAGCACACGGAGAGCUGAAGGCUGCAGCUGCUGCACACUGACACACAACAGGAGAGAAGACAGAGUGUGUGUGUUAUGUUUUUGCCUCACACCGGUUUUCUCCUCGAGCUGUUGAUGAGGCAGGCUCCGUCCACUCCAUCUCAUCUCAGCCUGGGGUCCAGAGGCGGCCGGGGGGGUCGCAGUGAACGCCACUUCUUCAGCUCGUGUGACUUUAUUUUGCGACUUUUGAACACUGGAACUGUACUGUAAGCAUUAUGACUCUUCUGGGCUCUGAGCACUCCAUACUGAUACGAAGCAAGUUUAGAUCAGUCCUACAGUUAAGACUUCAGCAGAGGAGGACACGAGAGCAGCUGGCAGACCAAGGCAUCAUGCCUCUGAACCACGGUAAGUUCCCGAAGCAGGACGACUCGUAUGCGUUCGAGGAGGACAGCAGCAGCGACGGUCUGUCUCCUGAGCAGCACCACAGUGACGAGUCGCAGGGCUCGGCCUGCCCUUCAUCAGAGGCUGUGGGCAGCACGCCCUCCUCCUCCUCCUCACCUGCCCUCACCAGCCCCCGACAGGGGGGGACAACCAGAGACCCACCUGAUCAAAGCCAGGAUGAAGGACUGUCUGGUGCCAACAACAGCCAGGCCACUCCCCCCAUACCUGUUCCUGCUAUCGUCAAGUCCAAGACGUCGGACAAGAACCGACACAAGAAACCCAAAGAUGUGAAGCCCAAAGUGAAGAAGCUCAAGUACCACCAGUACAUUCCUCCAGACCAGAAGGCGGAGAAGUCCCCUCCGCCCAUGGACUCGGCCUACGCCCGACUGCUGCAGCAGCAGCAGCUGUUCCUGCAGCUGCAGAUCCUCAGCCAGCAGAAACACUCUCACACACACACGCAGACGCAGCCGUCGCAGCAGCACACACACACUCCGCAGACGCAGGCCCAGUCUCAGCAGAGACAGCCCGCCUUCAGCUACCAGCCUCACCCGCCGGCCCACGCCCACAAAGGAUCCGGUGAGCAGAUAUCAGCCUGUGGCUCCUCUGGUCCGUCCAGCUCAGCCAACAGUAACUCCCCCUCUCCGGUCAAGAGUGCGUAUCCCAACCAGAGUAACAUCUCACCGGUCAAACCUGGGCCCCUCCCGGCCAAUCUGGAUGACCUAAAAGUGUCAGAGCUCAGGCAGCACCUGCGUAUCCGCGGCAUGCCUGUGUCAGGUACAAAGACCGCCCUCAUCGAGCGACUCCGGCCCUUUAAAGACUCCAACGCCGGCUCCUCGCCCUCAGGCUCCUCCGACAUCACCACAGUCACCUUCCCUGUCACACCCACAGGGUCCCUGUCCUCCUACCAGUCCCCGUCCUCCUCCAGCGCCCUGUCACAGGGAGGGUACUACCCUUACCCCAGCACCUCCUCCACCCCUCCCAUCUCUCCGGCCUCCUCGGAGCUGUCCCUCAGCGGCUCGCUCCCCGACAGCUUCAGCGACGUGCCCAUGUCCUCGCCCACGCAGUUCGCCCUGCAGCCGUCCCCGGCCCAGCUCAGCAUGGAGGACGGCGUGGUGGGAGGAGGGGGCAACCAGGGCGGUGGAGGACAGAUGGCGGGGGAGGGCGGAGGUAUGGAAGGGCUGGAGGCUGAAAAAGAUAAAAUGUUGGUGGAGAAGCAGAAGGUGAUCGAGGAGCUGACGUGGAAGCUGCACCAGGAGCAGAGACAGGUUGAAGAGCUGAAGAUGCAGCUCCACAAGAGGAAACGCUGCUAUGGAGCAACACAGGACACCGUCCCUCCCCCGUCUCACCCCCCCAUGCGCCACCAGCAGACUCCAGCUAUGAUGGGUCAGCACUUCUUUGGUGUGACCAUCAAGCAGGAGCCCAUGUCCCUGUCCUCCAGCUGCCCCUUGUCCUCUCCCAAGCAGCUCAAGAGCCCCCCUGGCAGCUGCAUGGAGGACAUGGGGCACUGCAACACCUCUGUCUCCACCCUGGGGGGCCCCGUGGGGCCACAGUGCAUGGACGCGGCCCCUUCCUCCGGCAGCCCCUCCGCCAUGCCUGCGUUCCUCAGUCCUCAGUGCUCGCCACAAGACUCUCCCAACGGGAAGUCCUCCAGUAGUCCCCAGCCUUCGUCUCCUAACAACCCCUACCUGCUGUCACCUCCGUUGGGCAGGGACGGCUGCGGUCACCCCCACCCCCCGGGCAGCAGCAGAGCACGCAGCAUGCAGCUCCAGCAGAAGAGUGGAGGUCAGCCUGUGAACUGCUCUUAUCCCUCCGACCAGAGAGGCCUUCAGGGAGUGUUUCCCAGCUCAGCCGACUGUGGCCUGAACCACGGCGGCUCGGCCAAAGCCGAGAACCAGAACAUGCAGCCGAAGAUGUCAGUAUUGCCCUCUCCUCGGCAUGUUGGCCAAAAGAGCCAGGUCUCUCCCCCCGCCUUCAGUAGCUCAGAUUCAGAUGCAUCUGACUUAAGACAGCCCCCAUGCUAUGAGGAUGCAGUGAAGCAGCAACUGACCAGAAGCCAGCAGAUGGAUGAACUGUUGGAUGUUCUCAUAGAGAGCGGAGAGAUGCCAGCUAACGCCAGAGAAGAGAGGGAGAGGUCCUCUGUAACCAAAGUUGUGCCUCACAUUACUGUGUCCCCAGGGUGUCCCGGCCUCCUUAUCCCGAGGUUCCACCGUCACUAUGAACAGCUGUACCCCACCCAGCCCCCUUACGACCACUCGGCCAAUCACAUCGCCGACGGCCACCUGGAGACUCUGCUGGGGAGUCCGAUUGGGCGGGGAGGGGAAGUGGCCCUUCUUAAAAUGGCUACCGAGGAUGGGGGCCUGGAAGACGAAGGGAACAGAGAGGGCGAAGGGUACGGCAGCCCCCACAGCCACCACCGCCAUCCUCACCAUCCGCCGCAGGACAAACUUGUGACCAGCAGAGAUCAGAUGGACACCCCGCUGUCGCCCAUCAGCGCCAAGGCGUCCACCUUCCCCGAGGUGCAGGGGAUGGUCAGCAUGACGUUCAGCGAGACGCCGUGGGAGACGAUGGAGUGGCUGGACCUGAUGCCGCCCAGCUCCGCCACGGCCUUCAGCGUGGCUCCGCCCACUGGCCCCAGCAUCUUCAACACAGAGUUCCUGGAUAUAACAGACAUUAACUUGAACUCUGCUAUGGACCUGCACCUGGAGCACUGGUGAAAGCAGCAUCACCACAAGUGCCAUCCACCGUCACACACCAGCUUUAAAAGCGGACUGCUGAUAUCAGCUCCGCCCACAACCAAAGACCAAUCGAAUUCUUCCUUCAACAGCUUCAGUCCAAGUACCAUUUCCUUCCUGUUAUAAUCCAGUGGGACAUCUGAGGUUUAUUAUAUUUUGACUUAUUUUCUCCACAUGAGUUUCUCAUGUCGUCGUCACCAGAAUCCAAAGACAAGGUGCGUCUUGGCGCCAUCGCACAACCGCCACACGAAUAUGAACAUGGGCGCAUGAAGGAUUUUCUACACAAUGGAAGGACGUGAUUACUGUGCUUUACACCUUAUGCAACAUCAGUGUUAUGCCACCUAGACUUGAAGACACAUUUUGACAAUCAUUGUAAACUUUCUGAGUCUAUGUUUGUAUUACUGGAAAAAAAAAAAAACGAAAGGAAUUACAAGGUGAAUUGGAAAUGCUUAGCGUGGCCAUUUUUGUAAAUAGUAUCAUAACAUGUACUGACAGAGACAAGUUGACGUCUGCAUAUUUUGUCAGUGGUGUGGGAGAGGACACACAGACCACAGAUCAAGUGUUUUAUGUAAUCGACUCCUCAUUUGAUGUAAAUAUGACAAAAAAAUCUCACUGUGCACCUCUAGCUUAAUACACAUUUGUCACAGUUUGCUUCAACUUAGAAUAUGUGUGUACAAGUGGUUGUCAUUCCUUUGAAGGUCCAUUUUUUUUUUUUUAAUACGAGUUUCUUUUCACCAUUUGGCCUCUUUAUCCACAGUAUGGAGAGAAAUGAAUGUCUUAUUGCUUUAAUUGGCGGAUAAACCGUGCCUUAUUUUUAUUAUACGACUUUUAUACCAAUUCCCCCUUUACAAUUUUAUAUGAAUUUACUAUUCCCUCAAAGCUAAUGACAGAUAUGAAUAUAGUAAGCUCCUACAUGAAGUCAGUUUUUCUUUUAAAUCAGACGAAUGUUAAUGAAAAAUGCAUCUUCAUCUCUAUUUUUUAUAAAUUUCACCCUCUGUCUUCAGGCCAAUCACAGUUAUUUAUUUUGUGUUUUUUAUAUUUAUACUUUAUCCUGUAUUUAUACUGGCAUUCCCUCCUAACUGAUUGGAGCUCUGUUUUUGAUUUUAACGGAAAUGAAAACUCCAGUGCCAACAUUUUUUACAUGAAACCAGUUCUCUUAAAAAUGUGAUGCAAAGUGAAGGAACCGCUCUGAAAAGCCAUGCUGUCUGAAAACACUUAAAGAAUCAUGUGAAGUGGAAAUGCCCAUUCUUAGCACUUGUGAAUAGGAAAAUGUAAUAUAUUCAGACCUUUACUGUGAAUACUGCAUAUAACACAACACGACACAAACCCGUAAUGGAGCCAGCCUCGACACACAGUAGUUAGCCAAAUGUGAACGUUUUUAAAAACACCAUUUUUAAAGUUGUAGUUUCGGUCAGUAAUUGUCUGUUUUUCACACAUGUAAAAACUUGAAGGAAUAGUUUCACAUUCUGGGAUUUACACUUAGAGUUAGAUGAGAUCAUUGAUACCGCUCUCAAAUCUGUCCCGCUAAACACAAGGCUACAGCUAGCGGCUAGCCUGUUAGCUUACCUGGCUAACCUAGUAAUAAAAUCUGCUUACUAGCAUCUCUAACAAUGAGCUCUAAAUGUCAUUCACUGUCCUUGGCAACAUGUUGAGCCUUUCCAAGAUAAGCUAACUAGGGUUACAUUGUAACAUAUAAGCUAGCUCUAGUUAGCUUAUCCGUCACUAGCAUCUCUAAAACUCUAAAGCUCACAAAUCAUCAUAUUUAAUACACAAAAGCACAAAUUAUUGUCUUUGUACAAGAAGUGCUGGUAGUUGGUUUUGUUACUAGUUCACUCUUAAUGCUAAACUAAGCUAACAGUCUCCUAGCUACAGCUACAUAUAGAGUGCUGCAGGGAGGACGUAUUUUUGAAGGCUAACCCUGAAGUUAGCAUCACCCUGGUUCCCUCCACAAAAAGCCAAUGGGAGUUUUACAUUGUCUUUGACUCUGCUUAAAGAAGUCAGGACUGGGGUAUUUACUGACGUAUUUUAUGUCUGAGAAUAAAACGUGAAAACGUCUUGAGCUUGUGUUAAACACAGACCUUAUUUCAGCCAUUUAACCAGAGACCUCACAACGAGGGAACCAGAGGUGCUACGAUGCUAACUAACGUCCAGGUUUUAGACUCACUCCUGCACUCUGGCUGCUCAAACUCCUUUUAAUCUAACUCUCGUUAUUUCCCAAAUGUCACACUAUUGCUGAGUGCAUUGGCCAAUAAAUUUCUUGCAUUUACAGUUGUGUCCUCUGUAAACAUGAGUCUCAUUUUUUGUUCUGUUUUGACCAAAUAUUGCUUUGUUUCUGUUACUUAUGAAGUGUUGCACUUAUAAAAUGGUUUUCUAUGGUUAGAUGUCUGCUGUUAACACCCACCCUGAAUAUUGAUAUUCUUUAUUCUCUGUCUUCUGUAAGAAUAUCUACUGGCCUUUAUUUUUAAUUUUAUUUUAUCUGGGUUCAUUUCACAACAAUUUUUCCCUAAUCAAAAGAAAAACACGUGACAGAAGCUUCCAUGUUGCUUGGCCACUGACUUGCUUUACUAUUGUAAAAACAGUAUUUGCCUGCAUCCCUGUAUACUACAGAAAGAAAAGCAAUAAACUUAUCACUGCAAAAUAAAGUCAGUUACCCGUUUUAUUUAUGUCUGAUUCACAAGAAGCACACCGUUCAGGCUCUUCAUCUUUUCCAUGGGAACUUUAUUUGUAAUCCUCGAUAAAGAUACAAUAUAAUAUUCAUUGCCCUUAAUAUUAUCUUAUAAUCUAAUAUGAACAUUCUAGUAAAUUGCAAUUUAUACAACAUGUACCCUGGAGAUUCUUAUUCACCAGCGGUAAGUUAGCUUCCUGGAGACACAUCCCAUGAGAGACGAACAGAUCUGGAGACUGUUUGCACUGAAACAAACUUCUGUUGUGUUUAAUGUGUGUGUGUAUGUGUGUGUGUGUGUGUGUGUGUGUGUGUGUGUGUGUGUGUUUUUCUCAGGGGUUUGCACAAUUUUUCAUCACAGAAAUUAAAUGGAAAGAACAACAGCCGACAGAACUCUCCCACAGAGAGAAUCCCGUCUGGUCGACGAUGCAUGUCCACCAUCUUGGUUGUAAUGUUUCACCCUCCCGAGUAAGCCACAGUUAUUCAGUCAAGUUCGCUGUUAACUGAGUGAGUGACCCUGACAACAGUGACCAUUUUCCAAGAUGGCUGACAACUGUAGAGGCCUAUGUCAUAGGACUUUUAAGUAAAACAUCAAGGGGAGCGCCAAUGAUUUUACAAAUGAACUUCAGUUUACUCAUCACGAUGGGCUCCAAUACGCCUGUUAUUUCUUUUUGUUUUGGAGCUGGUGCCCUACGAAUGGCUGUGUUUUUAAUCUGCCUCUUUGCAACUUCAUUAAAGUACAACACUAACAUUGCCGGAGUGUCCCUUUAGUUGUGGCAGUUCCUUUAAUGUAAUGAAAUAAAAUGCAGGAAAGCCUUUAGGGGAGGGAGAUGACAAAAAUAAAAUAAAAAUCAGCAAUGACAAAGGCUAAAAAUUUAUUUUUUCCACAUUAAAGGUUGAGUAAGUGAUUCUGCAGACAGACCACACCCCUGCCUUCAGUGCUCCUUCAGAAGCUCCACCCCCAAAAUCAUACACAUGCAUCACCAUGGCAACAACACACUAGCGGAAUCCACAGCGUCUUAUACGAAACACAGGACACGCACACAGAUAACAGAAUCCAAAACACACUAGAGUAAAAACUAUUGAAUUUGUUGUUGAGAUUCUUUUUACAAAACUACAGUCCUUAGCUUCUAGCUUACAGCUAAGCAGUAUUACUUUCAACUUUUACAGUUUGCACGUUGUACAAACAUCAUGAUGUAGAGCAAAUGAACCCUAACCCC